AUGGCCACCAGCAGAAUCCUGAUUCUAGGGACCCUCACACUGGCUGUGCUGCUCAGUCCCUGGGCAGCUUCUCAGUCCAUUGAAGCUGACCAUGUGGGCACCUACGGCAUGGCCAUGGCCCAGUCCUACGGGCCUUCAGGCCAGUAUACCUUUGAAUUUGAUGAGGAUGAAAUUUUCUAUGUGGACCUGCAGAAGAAGGAGACUGUGUGGCGGCUGCCAGAAUUAAGCCAUUUUGGUGGCUUUGACCCUCAGGGAGGACUGAGAGAAAUAGCCACAGUUGAGCACAACCUGGACGUCCUGACUAAACGCUCCAAUAGAACAAGGGCCAUCCCUGUGGCUCCGGAGGUGACUGUGUUCCCCGAGAGGCCUGUGGAGCUGGACCAGCCAAAUGUACUCAUCUGUUUGGUGGACAACAUCUUCCCCCCAGUGGUCAACAUCACAUGGCUCCGUAAUGGGCAAGUGAUCACCACGGGUGUGUCUGGGACAGACUUCUACUCUCGAUCUGACCACAGAUUCCACAAGUUCUUCUACCUCACCUUUCUGCCCAACACAGAAGAUGUUUAUGACUGCCAAGUGGAGCACUGGGGCCUGGAGCAGCCAGUCCUCAGGCACUGGGAAUUCCAGCUUCCAUCUCCACUGCCAGAAACAACAGAAACUGUAGUCUGUGCCCUUGGUCUAGCUGUGGGCCUGGUGGGCAUCACUGUGGGCACCAUCCUCAUAAUCAAGGGCAUGCGUUCUAGCAGUAGGAGCCAACACCAAGGGCCUCUGUGAAUCCACUGAUGGCAAGAGAGUGAGGAACUAGAACGAUCUGGAGGGAACAAGUUUCUACAAGAGGAGGAAAACUAAGAACCCAGCCUGAACAUGCUGCAUUCUGCCAUCUCUGAACACCUCACCCGUCUGUUCAUCCCUCCAUUUCACUGCCUGAAUUUCUGAUUGAUGCUACUUAUACCUUCCUGGCUUUAUCUUAAUCUCAUAAUUUUAUGUAGCAGAUAGCCCUUGUAGCUUCUCUAGGGUGACUUACCUCUGGGUCCCCACUUUUCCUGAUAUCCACCUGAAGUGAAUAACUUUAGUGAUUUCACCAGCUUCCCAUGGGUUAAACUAGAUGAUGUCCAGAACGUAUUUCCAUCCCUAAUCUCUUACCUGAGCUGUAGUUUCCCAUAUCAUCAACUAAUUGUGUAUUGGACAUUUCCAACUGAAUAUCCCAUAAUUAUUUCAAACUUAAUAUGCCCCCAAGUAGUAUCUUUUUCCCAGACAUACCUUCCUUUUCCUAUUUCUCUAUUUUUGUUAAGGGCACCAGAACCUUUCUCAUCUUUCACUCAGAUUCAUAACCCCAAUCAUCUUCUACUCUUCUGGCUCCCUCACUCCUAACAUUAAAUCAGUUUUCAAAUCUUAUUGAUUCUAUCUCUACAAAAUCACUUGUUUCUAUCACCUUCUCUCAACUCAUGUCUCACACACUAGUUUAGGUCUUAUCUCUACCCUGGAUGACUGUAAUAGACUACAUUAUGUUACUUCUCCUUUUAAAUUCAUCUUCCACACAGCUGUCAAAUUUUCCCAAAGCACAGAUCUGACCAUAUCUCUCUCCUCUUCAAAAAGCUCCAUUAAUGAGGUCAGCUAGGUGGCUCAGUGAAUAGAAAGCCAGAACAGGAGACAAGAGAUCCUACAUUCAAAUGAGGUCUCAGAUACUUCCUGAUUGUGAGGCUCUGUAAAAGUCAUUAAUGCCCAAUGCCUAGCCCUAAAACAUAGAAUUGAUUCUAAGAUGGAAAGUAGGGCUUAAAAAAAAAAGAAGAAACUCCAUUAAUUCUCUGCCACUUCUAAAAUAAAAUACAAGUUUCUAAAGCCCUUCGUAGUUGGCACUAUUUAUGUUCUACACUGCAACUAAAGAGAUCUUUUUGCUUUGCUUUGUACAAGACAUUUAAUCUCUGAUCACGUUUCAUCUCCAGUCUCCAUGCCUAGAAUGCCUUCACUUUCUCCUUUGUCUCAUAGAAUUCUAGCUUUCUUCAUAACUCAGCUCAUGUCCCUUCCUAAUACCACCAGAUGCUAGUGCUCUUCCUCCUAGAAAGUACUCUUUAUAUCUUUUAUGUUUUAUUUCAUAUAUAUAUACUCAUUCCUAGACCACUUCUCCACCCCAACUGCUGUAAGAACUUUUAGGUCAGAGACCAUUUUUAGAUUUUUGUUUUUGUUUUUUUCAUCCUUGUAUUAUCAGAGUGAGGCACAGUGCGUGACACAUAAAUAAAUUCUUAUUAAAUUGAUGCAGUUAAAUACA